AUGGCUGCCAAGACCAAGACCGAUAUCCACCUGUACACUACCGGUACCCCCAACGGUAUCAAGGUGUCCAUCCUCCUGGAGGAGCUCGGCCUGGACUACCAGGUCACCACCAUUGAAAUUUCUAAGAACACCCAGAAGGAGCCCUGGUUCCUUGAGAUCAACCCCAAUGGACGUAUUCCGGCCUUGACCGACACCUUCGAGGAUGGCAAGCCGAUCCGUCUGUUCGAGUCCGGCAGCAUCAUGCAGUACCUCGUCGAACGCUACGAUAAGGAUCACAAGGUCUCUUACCCCUAUGGCUCGCGAGAGUACUGGGAGGUGAACAACUGGCUGCACUGGCAGAUGGGUGGUCUGGGUCCCAUGCAGGGGCAAGCCAACCACUUCAAGCGCUACGCCCCGGAGAAGAUUCAGUAUGGCAUCGACCGCUACACCAACGAGACGCGCCGCCUGUACCGCACCAUGGACACGCAGAUCAAGGCCAACCCCCAUGGAUACCUCGUCGGCGACCGCGUGACCAUCGCCGACAUUGCCAGUUGGGGUUGGGUCGCCGCCAGCAAGUGGGCAGGCAUCGACCUGGAAGAGUUCCCCGCGCUCAAGGCGUGGCUGUGGAAGCUUGUUGAGCGGCCCGGUUUCGAGCAGGGCCGUCACAUUCCUUCUCCCCACAAGGCGCUGGAGCAUUUCAGCAAGACCGACGAGGAGCUGGAUGAGCAGGCCAAGGCAGCUUCCGCAUGGAUUAUUAAGGGCAUGCAGGAGGAUGCGGCAAAGAAAUGA